CUUAAAUGAUAACUAAGUAACGAGCUAAUGUACUACUAAAUCUUUCCAGACUACAGAAAGAAGAGGAGCAGAGGUCUAUUUCUGAAGCAUCGAUCAGAGAAUCUGAGGACCUAUCACCAUGGCCGCCCGUUCUUCGUCUCAGCAAAACUACAUUGAUGAAUUUAACUCCAAGGAUUACUUACAUUCAUACUACGUGGACAAGGAAGGAGUGCAUUUUAGAGAAUGGAUCGAUUUUGCAUUACAAAAUCUACAUGAAACUUUCACUAAAGGUGGAGUAAGAGGAGAUACCCUGCUUGAUUUUGGCACAGGACCUAGCAUUUAUCACCAUCUCUCAGCCUGUGAAGUGUUUGAUAAAAUCAUUGCCUCAGAUUUACUUGAGCAAAAUCGCGCAGAAUUACGAAAAUGGCUGAACAAGGAUCCAGAUGCUUUUGACUGGACUCACAUUAUCAAAUGUGUAUGUGAGUUGGAGGGAAACAGGGAGGGUUGGGAGAAAAAAGCAGAAAAACUUCGCAGUAAGGUGAAAGAAGUCCUGAAAUGUGAUGCUCUGAAACAAAAUCCUUAUGAUCCUAUUGUUGUGCCUCCAGUUGAUUGUCUCCUUUCUACUCUUUGUCUUGAGGCUCCAUGUAAAGACAUAAAGUCAUAUUGUGAGGUUCUAAAAAAUUUCCAGCACUUGAUAAAACCUGGAGGUCACCUUUUAAUUUUAAGCGUGCUGAAUGCUACUUUUUAUUACGUUGGUAAAACCUGUUUUAGUUCAAUGAGCACAACAAAAGAAGAGCUGGAGAUGGCGUUUAAAGAAGCUGGUUACGAAAUUGAAAAGGCUGUGUAUACCCCUUUAAUUAAUAAAUCAAAGAUGGAUGUUGCUGAUUAUGACACUCACUAUUUCAUUCAUGCCCGUAAACCAAAGUAAUGGCAAAUUCUUCUGCCACCAUUUUUUUGAAAUGCUGGUCUACGUCUGCUUGCUUUAGCUUGGAAAUGUAUAAACUCAAAAUCAAAUAAGUAAUUUGGGAUUGGGUUGAUUCAGAAAAUUCAAAAAAAGUGUUGGAUAAAUUCAUACAAAAAAUAAAUAAAUAAAAUCUUCAUAAUGGAGUGCAUAUGUGAAAUUAAUAGUAUCCACCACUUAGUACAAUAUAUACUUAAUAUGGGGGGCACUCUACUAUCUAAUGCUGUACGGACUAGUAGUCAAUUAUAUAUAGAACUAUACAUUUAUUGUAUACAAAUAAAACUUGAAUAAAAACAUACAACAUCCUUGAAUGUAUAAUAUCAAAAAAUGGUUGAUCAAUCUCUUAGAGUAAAAAUAGAAUAAUGAAACAAUUAAAUUAAAUAAUGAAACGAAUAGAUGUUAAAAAAAUAAUAUUUGGCAAAGCUUGAUAUAAAUAUAAGAAUAUAAAACGUAUAGUCUCUUAUAUUAUCAAUGCAGUCCUCUGAAUAUAUGAGACAAAAAUGUAAUAGGAUAAUCCCAAUUAUAUCAGUCUUGAUAAUGCGUGAAUAGUGUUGGUAUCUGUUCGUAUUAACAAGGCUGGUAUUCUUUCAAUUAUAUCUCAGUCACUAUAUGCCUUUGUUAUAGGAAGAAUAGUCUCUUGAAUAUACUACUAAUUCCAAAUGUUCAGCAGAUAAUGUAUCAUUAUAUUUGAGGCUUGUAGCCGUUACAUUACCCAUCCCUGUAGCGUGAUAUAGAAAUCCAUGUUGUAGUAAAUGAUGCCAGAUGCGCGUGGUUUCUUCUGCUGCGCUCACCGACACAUAGUGUGGCGCCCCACGUGAUUGGGAGCUGUUGCACUGCUCGUUCUCAGAUUUGUAUAUGGAUGCCAAAUGUUCUGAUCACGUUCAUAGGAAUUUGGGGCUAUUUGGGCCCAUUAGCAAGAACAAAUAUAUUAAUAAUAAUGAAUGCCCUUGAAUGUCCCACAAACUGAGCUUCAGGCGACUAUUCAGUGGGUUACAUUGGUCCCAUCAACUUUGUUUUAUUAGAGCAUGAAAAAAGGUACCUUAAAGGGGUUGUCCCACAAAAAAUAUUCUACAGUUUUCAAACCAGCACCUAGAUCUGAAUACUUUUGUAAUUUCAUGUAAUUAAAAAUGUAGCAUA